AUGCCCACUCUGUGCGAGGUAUGCUCCAAGGAGCCCGCCAAAUAUAAAUGUCCAACAUGCAGCUUGAUGAGUUGUUCGCUUGGAUGUACCAAAUCACACAAGAUAUACUGUGCGCCCAAGCCGAGUCCGGCGGUUACAGGCAAGGAAUCAGCGGCGGAAAAACAACAACAACAAGACCUGCCAUCUGAUACACUCUCAAACGGACACUCAAAUAAACCUAUCAAUAUACAUGAUUUGGGAUCGUCUCCAGAGCUCCAGAAGCUUUUUGAAGAGUAUCCAGGGCUUCGUGGAAAGCUGCGAGAAAUCUACAGGAGCUCGCUCGAAGAAGAAUGGAACCCCGAGCCACAGAUGGGAGGCCGCAGUCACCGUGGUGGUGGAAGGGGAGGAGGACACAAACGGGCUCCCUGGACGGCAGAAAGGGGCUUCAAACGCGGUGUGGGACAUGUCACAAGGUGGCGAGAGAAAUGCGAGGACGGUGAGAGCACUGGUUCUGAUGCCGAGGGGUUUAUGAAGUUUAUUGCCUUGGUAGCGGACAGCCUUGCCAACGCGCGAAGGAACCGAGACAGCAGUGCAGCCCACCCCACCGUCGCACUCGCACUGUCCAGAGCUGAGCUUCUUCUAGGGUCUAUUUCGCUCCAUAGAGCCCAGCCCAGUCCAUUGUCAUACCGCCUCGUGAGAGAGGGCAAAAAAAAAAAAAAAAAAAAAGUCGACGGGACCGGUAAACACCGAGUUCCCCGCGACGACCGAAAAAAGGGGUCCACCGUGGCUCUCAAUGCAUCCAACUCGAGAUAUGGCCGCAGCAAUUCACAUCCAAUCCCACCACGCAUUUCACCGUCAGGAACACGGUUAAACACCUCGCGCAGACCUCCCUCGCCUGGCGCCAUCGCCGCCACCGCUGACAGUGCUGCCGCUCCCUCGCAUUAUCCUUCUUCCAACAAGAGCGCACUGCGGACUACCUGGCGCCACAGCGCCGGCUCAGAUGCUUUCAAUUCCUUCCUGGACAUGGAGGACGACAAUGAUGACGCUCGGAGCAGCAGGCCGCCCAGCAGCUCGGGGCACUCCAAGGACACGGCGACCUCUGGUGGUGACUCCGGAGUCACCUUCUACGAACUAGUCAACCGCCUCGUUGCGCUGCCCAUGUCGAAACAGGACACCAAAUUCGUCUCCAUCUUUUUGUGCCUCUACCGCAAAUUCGCCGCCCCUUCCACCCUGCUCAACUCCCUCAUCUCCCGUUUCGACAAGACCGAGCGAAGCGAUCUGCCCCAGCUCACUCGUGCUUCUGAACAACUCCGCCUGCUUCAAGUCGUCGCACAAUGGGUCGCCGAAUACCCGGGGGACUUUUCUUAUCCCAAAACACGACGAAAGCUGGUUGAGUUUGUUGAUAUUAUUGAAAGAAACCACGUGUAUAUGUUUGCCGCCAAAGAAAUCAGCCUGCAUUUAGAGAACCAGGUUGAAGACGACGAUGUUGGUUGGCCAUACCGCGAUGGUCUCGAGGGCGAGUCCGAUGAACCAGAGUCCACCCUUCACCUGUCCAACAACAGCUCCCCCACCACUUUAAUAAAUACCUCCUUUGCCGACAAUAUCCUCCACAAUAUCAGUUCGCUAGACCUGUCCGACGACACGCCAACCGGAUCCUCACGAGAUUCGGGAACACUCUCAAACACAUCCAGCACGGGGAGAUCCGGCUCUACCAUGACCCAGUCAUCCUUUGCCCUACAGGCGCUCGAAAAGGCCCAGCAAGAGGCCGUGACCUUGGAACUCGCUCCCCGGUAUUUUCUCAACAAAGUACAGUGGCGUCAGUUUAUGGAAAUCCCCGAAGACGACUUUGCUCGGGAGUUGACUCGCAUUGACUGGAUCAUGUUUACUUCCUUCCGACCUCGCGAUCUCGUGCGUCAUGUCAGUCUGUCGGGCCCCGAGAAGGCAAAGGCCAAGACUUUGCAAAACGUCAACCGCAUGAUACAGGAAUUUAACCAUCUCGCCUUCUUUGUGGCGAGCAUGGUCCUACUACGGGACAAGGCCAAGCACCGAGCAAGGGCCAUGGAGAAGUUUAUGAACAUUGCUUUGAAACUUCGUCGGCAAAAUAACUACAAUUCAUUAGGCGCCGUGAUUGCAGGCAUCAACGGCACACCGGUGCAACGGCUGGGGUCGACGCGAGAAUUGAUCCCACCCUCGGUGCAAAAGGAGUUUAUGCGCCUUGUCAUCUUGAUGGGGACCCAAAAGAGCCAUUUUGCCUAUCGCUUAGCUUGGGAAAAUUCCUUUGGCGAGCGGAUCCCGUUUCUGCCCCUCCAUCGACGCGAUCUGGUCUCGGCAGAAGAAGGAAACAAGACCUUUUUUGGUCCGAAUAAGGACCGCAUCAACUGGAAAAAAUUCGAAGUUAUGGGGGAUGUCGUUCUUGGCAUCCAAAGCAGUCAGCGCACCUCUUAUUCUUAUCUUCAGAAAAACGAAGAAGUACAGCGACUGGUGCUGGAUGCCAAGAUGUGUGAUGAGGAGGACCUCUUUGCUCGCAGCACAUACGUAGAACCGUCUGCAGGCACAGUUGAUAAAUCCAAGAUGUGGGGUUGGUUACGGACUUGA